UCUGCUUCCGAAAGCUGGUUAAACUGUUUCCAUGAUAACAUUUGAUAACAAUUUAAUGAACGGCCAUAUACAUUUGGACACAUUUUCACAACGUUGGACUAUCACGAAUAAUUUUAAUAUUUUAUUUUGAUUGAAUCGUCUUCAUAUUAGUGAACGAGACUUUCAAUAUGCAGAUAUUUGUAAAAACUUUAACGGGUAAGACCAUUACCCUUGAAGUUGAGUCUUCUGAUACAAUUGAAAAUGUAAAAGCUAAAAUUCAAGACAAAGAAGGAAUUCCACCUGAUCAACAGCGAUUAAUCUUUGCUGGUAAACAGCUUGAAGAUGGACGUACAUUAUCAGAUUAUAACAUCCAAAAAGAAUCAACUUUACAUUUGGUAUUACGUCUCCGUGGUGGUGUUAUUGAGCCUACUUUACGUUUGCUGGCCCAAAAAUACAACUGUGAUAAGAUGAUAUGCCGUAAAUGUUAUGCUCGUCUUCAUCCAAGAGCAACUAAUUGCCGUAAAAAGAAAUGUGGACACACUAACAACUUGCGUCCCAAAAAGAAGCUUAAGUAAACAUGCUUGCUAAUAUGCUGGGAAAACAUUACUCGUUUACUCAGUUUAAAUUUUUUAUUCAAUGUUGUAUUUAAACAUCAAUAAACCAAUAAGAACCAAAAAAA